CCUGCUGGAAAAAGUAGCGGCCCGAGCCUGGCGCGUAUUGAUGACGCCAUCCGUGUUUGCCUGGUAGCCCGUGGUAACCCGGAGUCUGCGGAAGUGUAGCGGCCGCGCAGGCGGCUGAGACAGGUAACCUGCGGCUCAGCUGUCACUCAAGUUGCUCCUGGUUCCGCGGACCCGCGACCUCUGGUGGGGUGAGCCCGUGGGAUCCUGUACGACCUGUCGUGAGUGAGCCCGUGGGAUCCUGGUUCGACCUCUUGUGGAGUGAGCGCGUGCGAUCUCUCUGACCUGCGGUGGGGUGAGCCAGUGGGAUGCUGUCCAAGGAGACUGUCAGCGUUAUUACCGCUUUGCGCCUUUCUAGCAGGCUACAAUUAACUGCGAAGGUGUUGCUCAGGGAAGUCACACCGGCCUGCGGUGCUUGGAGCUGUUUUUAAAGGGAAUUGAAAGUUGUGGAAAUGUAAUUUGUGACAGUGGGUGCUUCUUAUUUGGUAAGCCAGCCAGUUCUGAUUCUGAAACCUCAGCUAAGAGGCUGCCAACUGCAGACUGCACCAUGGACAUAAAGCUGGACCCUUCCCGGGAUGAUCUGCCUCUCAUGGCCAACACUAGCCACAUACUUGUGAAGCACUACAUAUUGGAUUUGGAUGUGGAUUUUGGAAGUCGAGUCUUUGAGGGCACCAUAGUGCUUUUCUUUGGAGACGGAAACCAUUUUAAAAAACAGACGAGUUCCACCCAGGAAACCUUUCAGAUGGAGUCAGAGGAAACCUACACAUUUAGGACAGCUGAACCCUGCCAUGUUCCCGAGAUGGAUGCAAGUACUUUCUCACCUAAGAUGGGGUAUAGAGAAUCUGCAGUCUGUGGUAAAGGUGAUCAAGAUGCCUUUGGUGGCGAUGGUAACCAUGACAACCAGGAACAUGAUUCUGAGAUCUCUAGCUCAAAGUACUGCUGUGAUACAGGGAAUCAUGGGAAAGAGGAUUUCUUGCUAGUGUUGGACUGCUGUGAUUUAUCUGUGCUAAAGGUAGAGGAGGUAGAUGUGGCUUCUGUGCCAGGCCUUGAGAGAUUUACAAAGGCUUCCAAGCUUGCAGCUACUCCUGAGAAGCUCCGGCAUGAAAUUGUUCGUGACCUUAUGGCCCUGCCUGCAGAUGGUUGGAGGGAGCAGUUAGACUGCUACACUCGCUGCAGCAAGGCCCCUGGCUGUGGGGAGCUCCUCUUUGACACUGACAAUUGGAGCAUACAGAUCAGGAAGAUGGGGGUUCGGACAGCUGCAGAUUUUCCUCGUGCCAUCAGGAUACAGUAUAAAACUAAACCCGAGGGGCAGUCAGUGACUUGGACCUCUGACCAGAGUGGCAGGCCAUGUGUUUAUACUAUGGGAUCCCCCAUCAACAACAGGGCCCUUUUUCCAUGCCAGGAACCACCUGUUGCCAUGUCAACAUGGCAGGCUACAGUUCGAGCAGCUGCAUCUUCUGUUGUUUUAAUGAGUGGGGAAGAUUCUGCCAAGCCCACACUGCUUCAUGAAGGGUACAUGAGCUGGUAUUACUACAUGACCAUGCCAAUGCCGGCCUCCACCUUCACCAUUGCAGUGGGGUGCUGGAAAGAAAUAAAGCCCAGGACAUCCCCAUCCAUUGACCUGGUGAUUGAACGUCCCUGCCCUACUCCACCUUUGGAGGCUGACUUCAGGUAUGCUGACACCUGCAGUCACGAAGAAUACCCAUGCCGAUUCCAGAACGCUUCUGCUGCCACCCAAAAGAUCAUUCCUCAUCGAGUUUUUGCCCCAGUGUGCCUUGAGGGUGCCUGCCAGGAGGCCCUGCUGUGGCUAAUCCCUCCUUGUCUCUCUGCUGCACACUCCGUCCUGGGAACACACCCUUUUUCCCGGCUGGACAUCCUCAUUGUCCCUGCCAACUUUCCAAGUCUGGGAAUGGCCAGCCCACACAUCAUCUUCCUCUCUCAGAGCACCUUAACAAGCAUGAGCCAUCUCUGUGGGACCCGUCUUUGUCAUGAAAUUGCUCAUGCCUGGUUUGGCCUAGUCAUCGGGGCCCGAGACUGGACAGAGGAGUGGCUCAGUGAAGGGUUCGCCACUCACUUGGAAGAAAUAUUUUGGGCUGAAGCUCAGCAGCUGCCCCCACAUGAGGCCCUAGAGCAGCAAGAGCUGAGGGCUUGCCUGCACUGGCAUCGCCUGCAGGAUGAGCUUCGGAACUCCCCAGAGGAAAUGCAGGUGUUAAGCCUGGCAGUGCUGUGGCAAGGGUCUCACCACUGGUGCUUAUGAACAUCAGGAGAUGGAGAAGAUCACAGAAGGGUGCUGUUGCCAACAAGACGGAGAACCCUAGCUGAGCUUCCAGCCGCUUAUCCGGGUGUGUGGGUGUGCAUCCUAGCCUGUGUUAGGCUGACAGGCAGGUGUGGCUCACAUGCCUGCCUCCAGCACCCCUGCUGAGGACGUGCUGCCCUCCACACACAGGGAAGUGUUUCUUUGCAGCCCCCACUUAUAGGCCAUCUGAGCUUCCAUAAGUCAGGCUGGGGCCAUCCUUCCCCUUACCUCAGGCAGAGCUCUGUGUGCAGCUAGAGUUCAAGCUCUGCGUUUACCUCCCUCUUUUUUUUCACAGAAUGAGGCUGGAGGUUGCUACAUUUGUAAGACCUGGGGUCUCACAGCUCAGGAGUUCAAUCACUCCCUUCCCAAAAACUCCCCCCAGACCAAGACUCGUUGCAAAAGCAAGAGGUUUAUUAACCAUUGUACAAUGGGGUCACCCCUGCCGGUCAGCAAAGAGUGGCACCGGGAGUCAAAGGCCUUUAGGUUUUUAAAAGAAAAAUUGGGGGAAAUUUGAAGUUGCAGUUUUGGCAGUUUAGGAUUGGAUGAGGAAGUUAUAAAGUAAGAUAAUUGGUUAGUCUUAGGUGCUCAAGCUUGGCCAGUCCUGCCAAGUGUGGAUGCAGCUGCAAUUGAAGGUGGAGUGGUUAGCUCAUCCUUGAAGAUUAGGGGCUACAGACUUUUGGCUGGAGGUCAAAAGCUACUCAGAAUAAGUCUAGGUUCGUUGCUAAGAAACGCUAUCUCAAGGACAAGGGUCUGGUCCUUCUUUUGCUGAGUGAUGGUCAUUGCUUGCUUGCCCUUUUUUUUAAUAUCUGUCCUCACAGAUAGGGUCACAUUCCUUCACUCUCUGGAAAGGUACUAAGAGGCUUUAGCUUAACCUGGACCUAAAACUCAAAACUAUAAGCUUUAGAAGACAUAUAGGUUACAAAGUUAGUCUAACCCUUUCAUAUUUACCUUUUUUUCUAUGCUGUGCAAAAAAUGUUUACGUUUUCUGCCUCCUCUAAUUUCAUAAUUUAAAUUUUUGUUUUGUUUCCUUUUUUUUAAGAUUUAUUAUGUAUACAGUAUUCUGCCUGCAUGUACACCUACACUCCAGAAGAGGACACCAGAUUUCGUACAUGGUUGUGAACCACCAUGUGGUUGCUGGGAAUUUGAACUCAGGACCUUUGGAAGAGCAGCCAGUGCUCUUAACCUCUGAGCCAUCUCUCCAGCCGUAAAUUUUUGUUUUGUUAUUAUUGUUUAUAAGAGAGAGAAAGAGAGAUCCUACUCAGAUCAUCAAAGCAUCAUAUUUAUCUGCCCCUGGUGUUGUCUGUUUGGGGCUUUGUUUCCUGGAGGGAAUUUCAGAUUUGUUGCCAUUCUGAACCAUGUGAUAUUUGGGGCCUGGGAUGAUGGCUGAUUGUUCUUUUUAAUUUGUUAAUUUAUUAAUUUUGAGCCAGGGUGUCUCUGUAUAGCCCUGGCUAUCAUGGAAGUCACUAUGUGGAUCAGGCUGGCCUCUAACCCACUGAUAUCCACCUGCCUCGACCUCCCAAGUGCUGGGAAUAAAGAUGUAUGCCUCCUGACAAUUUCUCCUAUUUAAAGUUUCACUCUUUUACUUUCCACCCAGCGUAUCAAUGCUUGUUUGUUCUUUGAGCUUGCACAGUUCUUCCAACUAUUCUUUCUUGCCUUCUUUAGCAGCUGACCUCUCCUUCAUGUGUCGUUCAUGCUCCUCUGAGCACACCUCCUUCUACCCGAAAUCAUCGUAGCAGCACUAGAAUGCUGCUGCAGCUACUGCAGGCAAAUGGUCCUUCUAGGGCCUCACUGUAGGCUCACUGUUAAAGCUCAUGGUCUCCCAGUAGCAUUUGUUCUACUCCUUUAUUGAUGCCCCAAGCCCCAGCUGAUAGCAAGUCUGUUGGUAUAGUGUUCUUUUAAAAUGUAUACGCCUUACCCUUGUUAAUUCAAAUGCUGAUUUCCCCACCCCCAACUCUUUGAUUUUAAUCCAGAUAUUCAUUGUGAUACUCAUUAUAAGCAUCCUGUCUCAACUCUUGUGUAAACAGGACAAAAUAAAGCAACUAGAUACAAUGUUGUGCAAUGGGAGGAGCCAGAAGGCAGGAGAUGAGUGGGAGGAGAAGAAGGGGCAAGAGGAGAGUGAGGAGAGCAGAGCUGGAGGGAGAUCUUGGAGGACGUGGAGCAUGAACCAAACCUAAGAUUACAAAAAGCAAGUAUAAUGUGGGAAAUCUAAAUGUUAGGAAACUGAGGGCUUGGAGGUUUAGGAGGGAGUAAAUAUUGCCCAGCAUUGUGUUCUAGGUUACCUAAAAACCCAGUCUCUGUGUGGUGAUUUGGUUAUACAGCUGUUUAAGAUUAACAGCAAGCUUUACUAGAAGAUAAACCAAUAGUAAAUAUUAAUAA